AUGCCAGAGGAUUGGAAGGACUAUGGCAUCCAGCAGGUAUUGAUGAAGGGUGAAGCAGGAAGGGUGAGAAACCAAAUUCGGAUGGCACAGAAAAGAGCUGGGAUGACAGAGGAGGAAAAAGCUGAGAGUAAGAACACCCAAAAGGAAGCUGCUGCUGCUUCGUAUCUCAGAAACAGGAAAACUAUCCUUUGGAAAGCACAGGACAAGUGGAUCUCAGAGUUUGUUGAAAAGAUCAGACACCCAAAUGCUGAUCUAUGGUAUCCUUACCAUCAUAAUACCUACUGUGUCAGAACAGAAGCUGGCAUCUUCACCAAUCCCCAUAUUUACCUUUAA